AAACUUCAAACUAGCUUUGCAAAUUACAAGGAGAUCAUUGAAUUGCUUACUAGCUAGUUUGAUUAAUAUGGCAGGCAAUGUGUUUGGAGACCCCAUCACUGAUGAGGAUGUAAAAAUACUUUAUCCAGAGAAGACCGACAUAACGCGCAAAGACAGAGCUGAAGUGGCUUUCCUAAACAUGAACUCUAAGGGGAGGGACGCCAAUGCAAAAACCUUUGUGAACAACCUUAAGGAAAGGUAUGGCAAUGGAAUCUCUGCACUUUGCAUGAUUUUCAAUGCUACCGGAGAUACUUUAACAUACGCCGGCAAAAAUGACUGGCAUGGCCAUGUUUAUGAAUCCCCAUACCCUGCCAAGAUUCAAAAUGGGCAGUGGGGUGCUUUUCUCCAUGUCCACCCUUCAUGGUUUGCUGGUUCGGAAUCCGCCGUCAUCUACCGCGGCUACAACGGCGACGCUUAUCUCUGUGACUGGUUGCUUUCUUGGGGCAUUCCCUAUGUUGGUGAUAAUCAUGCUUAUACUGAAAUCCGUGAAGCUCGCCAUUAUGAAACUGAUCACUGGGACUAUAUUAAAGGUUUGCUGGAAAAUCAAUCCACUAAACAUGAAGACUCUUGGAAUGGAUGCUACUCAAUUGUGACAAUUGGAGAAGGCACUUCUCCUGAGUAUGUUGGAAUAAUGACCUUGGAUGGUGUCACUAAAUAAUUAGUACGAUGCAAGUGCAGGUGCAAGUGCAAGGAAGGCCCUCUAUCUAUGUUGUACUUUAAUGGUUGUCGAGUGUGAUAAUUAAGGACGGUGCUUCCAUAUAUGCCUAUCCAUAUGGACUAGCUUACUUGUCCAUGUGUGUUAAUUUUUCUCUUUUAUUAUCCUUCAAGUGUUUGUUGGGUAAUUUUAUAAGCUUUGUAGCAAAUAAGAUGCUUUGUUUGAUUUGAUGAGAGUUAAUAAUUAAUAAUGAUUUGGUGUGACCCAUAA